GUUUCACUUUUGUUUUCCCGGCCCGGCAGGGCGGACGCCCGCGGCGCGGAGCGAGGGGAGCGGGGCCGCGGGUGCCAGUGCGGGCCGGCCCGGGCCGGCGGUGCGUGCUGUGUGGUCGCCAUGGCGGACGCGGAGGCCGGCGGGGCGGUGGAGCUCCGUGGGCUGCCCCCCGACGUGCCCGACGAGCUGCUCACGCUCUACUUCGAGAACCGGCGUCGCUCUGGGGGUGGCCCCGUGUCGAGCUGGCAGAGACUCGGCCGCGGGGGCGUCCUCACCUUCCGGGAGCGCGCAGACGCCCGGAGGGUCCUGGCCCAGGGGACGCACGUCCUGCAGCGAGCGCGGCUGAGCCUGCGGCCCGCCCCGCCCUGGGCCCCGGCCCGUCUGCUGCUCCAGGGCCUGCCCCUGGGUCUCACGCCGCAGCGCCUGGAGCAGCACGUGCAGGCCCUGCUGCGCGCCGCGGGACGCCCGGAGCUGCCCUGCCGGGCCCUGGCAAGCCCGCGGCCCGACCGGGCCCUGGUGCAGUUGUCAGAGCCCUUGUCUGCGGCAGACGUCGGUGCCCUGGAGCAGCAGGCCCGCGCCCUGGGCCUGGAGGGUGCGGUAGUGUCCCUGGCCCGGGUGCCCCAGGCGCGAGCGGUGCGUGUAGUGGGGGGCCCCCACCCUGCAGACCCGCUGCUGCUGGAGCUGUACCUGGAGAACGAGCGCCGCAGUGGUGGGGGGCCCCUGGAGAGCCUGUGCAGCCUGCCUGGGGACCUGGGCACCGUCGUCAACUUCCAGCAGUGGCAGGUGGCCGAGCGGGUGCUGCAGUGGGACCACUGGCUGCAGGGCGCACAGCUGAGUCUUGUCCCCCACUACGAUGCCCUGGAGCCCGAGGAGCUUGCUGCUGACUCUGUUGAAGGGGGCUGCCUCGCCGAGCAGGGUCCUGGAGCCUCUGAGGAUGUUCUCCUGGAGGCUGGAGGGCCAACGAGGGCACGGAAGGGCACGGGGACAGCGGAGUCCGUGGUGGCCCAAGGCCAAUCAGGAACCUCUCUGAGGACAGGCCCCAUGGGGUUGCUGGAGCAGGGAGGGACAGCAAGCUUGAGACCUGAAGCAUCUCCAGGACAGGAGGGCCUAGUGAGCCCCGAGCCUGUGGGGUCACCAGAGCAGGCAGAGCCUAUGAUCCUGGAGCCUGUGGGGUCACCAGAGCAGGCAGAGCCUGUGGGGUCACCAGGGCAGGCAGAGCCUGUGAUCCUGGAGCCUAUGGGGUCACCAGAGCAGGCAGAGCCUAUGAUCCUGGAGCCUGUGGGGUCACCGGGGCAGGUGGGGUCUGUGAUCCUGGAGCCUGUGGGGUCACCAGGGCCGGCGGGGUCUGUGAUCCUGGAGCCUGUGGGGUCACCAGGGCAGGUGGGGUCUGUGAUCCUGGAGCCUGUGGGGUCACCAGGGCAGGCGGGGUCUGUGAUCCUGGAGUCUGUGGGGUCACCAGGGCAGGCGGGGCCUGUGAUCCUGGAGUCUGUGGGGUCACCAGGGCAGGCGGGGCCUGUGAUCCUGGAGCCUGUGGGGUCACCAGCACAGGUGGGGCCUGUGAUCCUGGAGCCUGUGGGGUCACCAGGGCAGGUGGGGUCUGUGAUCCUGGAGCCUGUGGGGUCACCAGGGCAGGCGGGGCCUGUGGCCCUGGAGCCCGUGGAGAUGGUUCUGUCCAUGGAGCCGGGGGCCUUGCGCUUCAUGCAGCUCUACCAUGGGGACCUCCUUGCCAGCCUGGAAGACAUCGACCUCUUCCCACUGGAAGGCACGGAUGUGACUGGCUUUCAGCUCCGUGGAGCUCUGGCCUCAUGCCAGGCUGCCGAGGAAUUCCUGCGGAGUCUGCUGGGGAGCAUCAGCCGCCACGUGCUCAACCUGAAGCUCCCUGGCAGUGCCGGCUUCCUGCUGGGCCCGGAGGGGCAGCACCUCCUGCAGGAGCUGGAGGCUCAGUUCCAGUGUGUCUUUGGGACAGAGUGGCUGGCCAGGGCGGCCCUGGACACAGACCCCGGAGAGGUGGACCCCACUGAGGCCCUCCAGGCCCUGCCUGGCCAGGACUGCACCCCGUGGCCCCCACACAGUGACCAGGAAGCCAUGAGCCUGGAAGAGGUCCGAGAGCUGCUGGCCACCCUGGAAGGCCCGGACAGUGGGGAGCAGCUCCCCCUGGAGCUGGAGGAGGAGCCUGAGGAGGGGGCGAGCCCCGGGGGCCUCGAGGAGGCCAGUCAGCAGCCCUUGGAGGGGGGGCCUGUGGCCCCUGGCACUGGGGCGACCCCGCUGGAGGAGGAGGCCGCGCUGCAGCUGGCCCUCCACUGGUCGCUGGAGCCGCGGGGCCAGGCAGCUGAGCAAGAGGAGGUGGCCGCGCUGCAGCGAGCCCUGGCCCUGUCACUGCUCGAGCAGCCCCUGAAGGAGGCAGAGGAGCCCCCGGGCGGCGGGGCCCAGCUGGUGGUGCAUGUGGCCUUCGAGCAGGACCUGGGGGAGGUGGACCGGGCGCUGGGGGCUGCCUUGGAGGGCCAGCUCCAGGAGGAGACGGUGGGCAUCCAGGGCCACAUGCUGCCCACUGGGCUCCAGGCUCAGCUGGAGCAGUGCCACGGCGUGAGUGUGGCCCUGCGUGGUGACCGUGCUGUCCUCCGUGGCUUUGGGGCCCAGCCCACCCGUGCGGCCCGCCACCUCGCAGCACUGCUGACCCACCCCCAGGACUGGAAGUUGGCCUGGCCCCUGGCAGUUGCAGCCCCCGCCUGCGCACAGCAGAGGACGGUAGGGCCCUUGAGCGGGCUGGAGUGUCUGGCUGAGGGCAGCAGCGAGUUCCAGGAGGUGGUGCGUGCCUUCUGCGACAGCCUGGAUGCCGCCCACAGCAGGGUCCGCGUGGUGCGGGUGGAGCGCGUGUCGACCCCGCUGCUGCAGCAGCAGUACGAGCUGCACCGCCAGCGGAUGGAGCAGCGCUGUGACCGGCGUCCAGUGGAGCAGGUCCUGUACCACGGCACGUCCGCGUCCGCGGUGCGCGACAUCUGCGCGCACGGCUUCAACCGCAGCUUCUGCGGCCGCAACGGCACGCUCUACGGUCAGGGCGUGUACUUCGCCCGGCGCGCCUCGCUGUCGGUGCAGGACCGCUACUCGCCCCCCGACGCCGGCGGCCACAAGGCGGUGUUCGUGGCGCGGGUGCUGACCGGAGACUACGUGCUGGGCCGCCGCGACCUGCGGUGCCCCCCCUGCGGGACUCCGGCCUCGGCCCGCAGCGCUACGACAGCGCCGUGGACUGCCUCUGCCAGCCCAGCAUCUUCGUCAUCUUCCACGACACCCAGGCGCUGCCCACCCACCUCAUCACCUGCGAGAACAGGCUGCAGGCUCCCCCCGGGGACCUCUCCGGGCGCCCGGACCACUCCCCGGCCUCCUGACCCAGGAGACCCGCGGCCCAGCCUCCCCUUCCCCGCCCGCGCGGCCGUGCGCUCCGAGGCCCGGGGACUGCCCCGCCUGGUCCCUGGCCGGCCCGACCACCAGGGGUCAGCAGAGCCCGGGAGGAGGGUGGGCGCGGGACUCCGCCCCGGGACCCGCCCGAGCGCGGCUCUGGUUUGAAUAAACGUGAAUGUGAAACCUGG